CCCUUUCUUCCUGUGCUUCUUUCCUUCAGUGCUUUGGAAGUUUAUUAUGUACACAUUUCAUGUGUGUCUGUAAAUAGAGCUCUCACGGACGAUAGUCCAUGUACAUAAAACGUAUCUUUUGACGUUUUUCUGAACUCUUUGGAGCGUGCCCUGAGCGGUGUGCGCUGUCUUUUAGCUAAAUACUAAAGAGCAAAGAGGGCGAUUUACUAUGGCUUGUCCGAUCUAUCCAAAGGACACACCGCAGCCACCCGAGGACAUCGAAUUUCAGCAAGUACUGCGUCAAAUUGGAGGUAAAGAGAGUAUAUACUUGAUAAGUGAUGCGGUCAAAUCGGACGAGGAGGACGAAGACAGUGGGAUAUUAAAGGAGUUCAUUCAGGACAUGUUUCAUAGCGGGCGCACUGAAAACCUUGGUACGAGCCAUGCCAACAACAACACUAAUGGUCAGGUUUAUUCCUCUCCAAAUAGUCAAGGCGAUACUACAAAAGAAAAUAAUGGUACAUGCGAAACAGUAAUCGACUGCAAGACUUUGCCUCAAGCCCAGGGGAACAAAAUACCUCUGUCAACGAGGCCAAAGGAUUUAGUAUUGAGUGCCAAGUCUGUGGGGGAGGAUAAAGGACCACUAAGGCUCAAUGGGAACGUUCAAAAGACCAAAACCUUAAGCAUGAACAGUUGUAGACGAAAGCGAAUAAUAGACUAUCCUAUUAUAAUAUUCAUAUUCAGACACGAGUUUUUCAGUGGCAGUGCAAACGCAAUUUGCCUGAAAGAAAUUCUGAAGGACGUUAGGGCACGUACGAAACGUGCCAAUGUCCUCCCAGCACUAGUCGGGUUAAUACGCUCACUAGGUGAGAGCAAGGAGUCGCGUGAAUCUGUGGGAAUUCUGGAGGGCCUGCUUCGUUCAGUGUUUCGGAAACAUCCCCCAGAAGCCAUCUGGGCAGGGCAUUUCAUUCCCAAAACGGAGGAUAGGAUGCUCGCCAUCAAGAAAUAUGCCAGCAAAGCCAUCUAUUCGUCUCAAUCGUCAGAUAAUUCUGGGGAAAGAGGGAACAUGUUUUUCAGGCCCUUCCAAUGUUUGCCUUGGCCUAGAAGAAGACAACGCGGCCAGGCCAACAACACUUCAGCAAACAGGCAAAGAGGUGACACAGGAAGUGCAGAGGAAGGGAUUCCUCUGAAGACUGGUGUUCUGUCCGCUGGACCCCAGGCAGAUUCAGACUGUGGUGUAACCAGAAAGGACAGUCACGAUGACACUCAUGGGUCAUGAGAUCCCAUGUUCAACUGUGGACAAUGCUCUCAGUCAAUCCCACAAAAAGUUGGUCUCAAGGAACAUUGGCGUCUGUACGUUUGCUGUUAAGUCACAUGACUGACACAUUGGCCUUGCAAUGGGUUGAUGAUCAGUCACAGAAUAGUUGAUACAUUAGCCUGUGAUUUAGAACAAUUUGAAUUUAGAGAGAUAACUCAAGUUACGCAACUUAAUACAUUUAGUGGACAUGCGUAUCUUGUGAGGUUACUCUGUUACAUAGCCAUCCAUGUAUGUUGUCACUUUAUAUAAUUGUAAAUGUAAUAUCUGCUUUUGUUGAGAUAACAUAGUUACAAAGAGCUCAUCUUGAAAUGUAAAACAACAAUGAAAAAAUGUGACCAACAAACACUAUGACCAUUUACAUCAUGCUGUUCGGUAAGUAUAUUGAUGUUGUUUUCUUUUGCUUCAGUUUAUACUUGACUUCAGUUAACAUUAAGCAA